AUGAGGGCUUAUUGGUAUGACGGCCUUGAUGGUGACCAGCGCCUGGCACAUGACUCUGGCAAGGAGGUUACUGUCGAAGAUCUGAAGAAGCUUGGUGUCUUUUACCACCAAAUCCCUAAUCUGGAUGGUGUCAACCAGCUGGCUUCGGACCGCGGCUAUAGGAACCGAGACGAGAUUGUUGUGUCGCCAGAGAAGAUGGGCGAGAUCUAUGAGGAAAAGGUCAAAUCUUUCUUCCACGAGCACUUGCACGAGGAUGAGGAAAUUCGUUAUGUUCGUGACGGUCAAGGUUUCUUUGACGUCAGAAGCGCCGAUGACGCUUGGGUUCGUAUCCGUGUUGAGAAGGACGACUUAAUUAUCCUGCCUCCUGGCAUCUACCACCGCUUCACAACCGACGAGUCUAACUACAUCAAGGCAAUGAGGCUCUUCAAGGAUGAGCCCAAGUGGACCCCUUUGAACAGGACGAAGGACCUUGAUGUGAACCCGCACAGGAAAGAAUAUGUUGAGCAAUACCUUCAGAACGGCGUCGCAAAUAUGACGAGAUCUGACGAGAUUUGUCCCUAUUGUCUAAUUCCUCCAUCAAAUGAAGACCGGCUUGCCAACCCCAAGAUGCCAACGGUGAACGGCCGCUCACCCGUAAGAACAAUCACUGCUCUGCUGGAACCAGUAGCCAGCGGAGAAUGGGAGUGGCUCAUCCAGCACUACCUUCCUACCUACCUUGGCGGUCAUGAGGAGGCGACGCGAGAAUCAUCCGACAUCCAUCCCGUGGCUGAGGAUCGUGAAACUUGGCAUCAGAAGCCAAUUUUAGAUGCAUAG